ACUGAGACGAUCGUGGUCUGCUCCUGCUCCAAACUCCCCUGACUGAACCACCAGACUCAGCUACACAGUUCCCUUGUAUGUACCAAGCCCCGCCCUGUUAAUCAGCUACUCUAUACACCUGUAUAGCCUCCUUCGCCAAGAUAGCUACUGCACCCGGACGCUAUAAAUCAUGUAUUCACCAUUUUGUUACGGUCACGUCUGUCAGUCCUGAGGUGGCUAAAACUUUUUAAAGCUGAUUUUCAUGUAAUUCUACUAUGUAUAGUGUGAUUGGUCACGUUUCUGGGGAGGCUAAAACUUUUUAAAGCUGAUUUUGGGGUGGCUAAAACUAAAGCUGAUUUUCAUGUAAUUUACCUAUGUAUAAUGUGAUCACUUUCCUGGGAUGGCUAAAACAUGUUGAGGUGGCUAAAGCUAAGUAAAGGUGAUUUCAUGCAGGGUUUCUGUGUAUAAUAUGAAUAGUAACGUUCAUGGGAUGGCUAAAAGUUUUUUGAGGUUGCUAAAACUACUUAAACGGUCUGAUCAAUUUUCUCUUCCUGUUAACUGAAACAUCUGAAAAUGCAAACCUAAAUCUUAAAUCUAUUCGUCUCUUCUUGCACACUAUGUGUAAAUGAAAAGGCAACCGGCAGCAGCGACCACGGAAAUGAAAAGGGAAUCGGCAAAUCUGAAAUCGAUUUGUCACUCCUUGUACACGGAAAUGCUUGUAAACGAAAAAGCAAUUGGCAAUAGGCAAGGCAUGCAACAACUUUUAAGACUGAGAUAAAACGUGGUGUAGGCUACUAAUAACAGAUCAAUAAACCAAAUGCCACAGAUCCAUUCACAAUUUUACACCGCUUCGAUGAAAUAUCGUUUCAACGCUUCCUGCUUUUCUGUUAGUACUUACUACUUGCAAUUGUGGCUUUGGACUUCCGUUUUUGAUCAUUUCAGUUUUUGUUGCUCUAAACAGAUUAGUCAACUUUUCACUAAGUUUAACAUCAAGGCUGAAAAAAAGAGUGGACUUACUUGGGACUUGGACUGAACCUUUACAUCAACUUCGACCUUCAGUUAACACAAAUUUGUGUCUGGUAAAUGCUGUAUCAAAAUAUUACAACACCUACAACUAAAGAUAAUACUUACAGAUGUAACCGACGUUGUUCCUGUAUUUCAGUCUAGGGUACAGUUUACAAAGCGAUUCGAAAGUAUGAGUGCAGCAGAUGAGAGACCUAUUCUAGGUGACCAGAACAAUAAAGAUUGGAUGGCACAGCUGUCUGAACAACUUUGGGACAUUCCUCUCUACAACCUUGCAAUUCCAGGUAGUCAUGAUACCAUGAGCUUCUGUUUGGAUAUGAACUCUCCCAUUGAUGAAUCAAUGUCUGGAAUCUUGAAGGUUGUGGACAGAAUCAUUCCCUGUAUCACCCGACCAAUUAUUUUUAAAUGGUCUAGAACACAGGAGGAUAGCAUUGUGGCACAGCUUGAAGCAGGGAUUCGAUACUUUGACCUGAGGAUUGCCCGCAAAAAAAACGAUACAUCUAACAAUCUGUACUUUGUCCAUGGCGUUUACACGUUUGUGACGGUGCAGAAGGCACUGGAAGACUUUGCUCAGUGGCUGGAAACAUACCCAAAAGAGGCAGUCAUUUUGUCAUGUAGCCAUUUUGAAGGGCUGACUGAAGAUCUCCAUAAUCAUCUCAUUUGGUCACUGAAAAACAUUUUUGGUUCUAAGCUCUGUCCGAAUACGGAGAUAGUGACACUGAGGAACCUGUGGAAGUUGGGUUAUCAGGUCAUUGUUUCAUAUGAUGAUCCUGCUGCUGAAAAACAUGAGGAUCUGUGGUCAGGAAUCCCCUAUUGGUGGGCAAACAGAGUGGAUCCAGAGAUGCUGGUGGAGUAUUUAGAAAACAAGAAACAAAGAGGACGGCCAGGAGGAUUUUUUGUAGCUGGGCUAAACCUUACAGCAGAAACAGACUACAUUAUUUCUCAUCUGUCAGAAUCACUGAAGAAACUGACAUUGCAAAGCUAUCCCUAUCUGAUGCACUGGGUACAGAAACAGUCCCCUGGACCUGGCAAGCAAUGCCUGAACAUUAUUGCGGGGGAUUUCAUAAGAUCAGAACAUUUUGUCUCAGACAUCAUUGCUCUCAACAAGAAGCUCCUAAGGACAGACACUGGGAUACAUUAACACCUUCUAUCCAUAACUCCAUACUUGAAGUAGCUGUGAUCAGUUUUUUAUUUUAUUUUUUAUUCUAAUGGUGCUGCCAGCUUUUCAAGGAUGUGAUGAUGUAUAACUGUUGAAAUAUUACCUGGACUUUCUAGUAUCUGACAGUUUAUUGAAUACGGAACUUUUUUUGUCCUACUCUAAACACAUUGAUCUCAUUUUGGGCACGCAAGUCUUUGUUUGACAGACACAAGUAUUAAUAUAGGGCAGCAGUGUGGAGUAGUGGUUAGGGCUCUGGACUCCAGACCGGAGGGUCAAGGGUUCAAUCCCCAGUGGGGAACACUGCUGUUGUACCCUUGAGCAAGGUACUUUACCUAAAAUUGCUCCAGUUAAAAAAUAAAAUAAAAAAAAACAACUGUAUAAAUGGGUAAUUGUAUGUAAAAAAAUAAUGUGAUAUCUUGUAACAAUUAUAAGUCGCCCUGGAUAAGGGCGUCUGCUAAGAAAUAAAGAAUAAAUAAAGAAUAAAGAUCUUGAACGGUA